AAGUUGCUGUUUAUGUUCGUAUGCAUUACUUUCCUUUCGUACAUUUUUGUUUUAUUCUUUGUAGAAGCUCGGUACGAGUUCUCCUUUUGAUUUGCCGUAAGGGGAUUUUAUAUCACUGGAAGAGUUCCAGUUUAACAUAGACACGAGAAAAGCCCUUUUUGAUUUCUGUGUCACUCGCAUUAGUUUAGUACUCUGCAUGCUGUAAAAACAAGGAAUUUGAUGUUGAUAAUGUUUUUUUCUUCUUCUGGAGAUCGAAGUCCUUUAAUGACAAAUAUUUACUGGAUAUUCCACAAAGACCAUCGACUUCAGUCAUAAAGGGGGUGCUCUUCCUGUUUUGAAUCGUUCUGGAAUCAGUCUGCAGGCACACAUGAAGACAUGAGGAGCUCCGUCUGUUCACUAUUUGUUUGCAUCUCAGUGCUGCUGGCAGUCAAACCCGGUGAAGGAACCGAGACGAGAAACUUAACAGCUGUUUUAGGUGAAAGCGUCACAUUACGAUGUCCUGGAAACGGUUCUAUCCCUCGCUUGUACAUACAGAAAAAAAAUGAAUCUGGUACAGUGUUCAUCAAUGGUUUUGACACGAAGCAAGAUCUGCCCAUUUAUCCUCAGUACGAGUACAGAACCACAAUAAAUCGAUGGGACCUCAGCAUGGAAAUGAGAAACAUCUCGGUUUCCGACGAAGGAUUUUACGAGUGUGUCCAUUUUUUAAAAAUCGGAGACACAAAAACACAGAUCAAUGUGUUCUAUCUAACAGUUACAGCCAAGUACAACAUUCCCAACGUGAUGGCAACGUGCAGCGAACCUGCAAGCGGUGCGAGGAGCUGUCGGCUGAGCUGUUCGGCUUCGGGCGGUUAUCCCCAGGGUGUCGUGAGAUGGGCGGAGCUUAAUCUAAGCCAGAUGAGUGACUUUCAAAACAAAAGUCUUCAAGAACGUAACUUUAAAACAUGGACCAUUUCUCAAAGCCUUGUGUACAACUGCAACCAACCCACCAAUGUCAGCUGUGCAAUAGGGGAUGCUACGUCAAAGACGACUACAUUUUGUCAGGGUGAUGAGAAAUUCUCUCUCGAUGCAGCUGCGAUUUUAGCAAUCGCUGUCCUGCUGCUGAUAGUAUUUAUUGUUCCAUCUGUUUACAUAAUACGAAAGUGCUGUCGCCGAAGACGCCCCGUCCCAGGUGAUGCCGCUGUUGAAGUUCCAUUAGCCGACUGCCAUUUGCAGCCUCAGGACAGCUGAGACGUGAGCAGCAGAUGUCGAGAAGCUUCUGAAGAUUGUCUGCAUCCGCAGACGCACCUGCAGCAGCAUCAGCCGACCUCAGAGCGUCAUCGUGAAGGCGGCUCAUCCGACUGAAUGUUAUGUUAAAGUGACUUUACGUGCUGUUGUAUGAGCUGUUUGGCUACAGUCGUUGACAAUCCCUUGCACAGAACAACAAUGAUUGUCCAUCGGUGACUUUUCAUAUUUUUAAAGUCGCUUUUUAUAUUGGAGUUAUUUAUUUGGCAUUGCCAAUCAUUUCCUUUUAAAGGGAGCAGCUACGUUUUUUUUUAUUUGGACCAUUUAUAAUGGCGCACUGAAGUACGAAUGCUUAAUUUUAUUGAAAAAAUUAACCUUCAUGUCAUUCAAAAUAUGUAUCUGACUCAUUCUUCUGCGAAAAACAAAAGAUUUUUUGAGAAAUGUCUCAGUGUUCAUACAAUGCAGUGUUUAAUGGUGUUUGGUUAUCAGCACACUUCAUUUCACAAAUAUCUUCAUUUGUGUUUUGUGGAAGAAACUCAUACAGGUUUUGAGAGUGAAAAAACUUUCAUUUUUGGGUCAACUGUCUCUGUAAACAAUGAAAUGUGACAUCAUGUACAUUACAAUAUACUGCAUGUACAGAUUGUGAGACCGAAGUUUUCCAAAUGUCCAAAAAAAGCUUAAAGUCUUUCCAAAAGGGCUAGCAGAGAUAAAUAUUCUGAUUCAGGUUCAGUAUAUAGAACAGUUUUAAUAACUGUUUUCUAUGAAAUGGCGAUUGUAACAUGUUGUUCACGCUGAAGGGACAUUUCAUUUGCUUCUAGAAGCCAACUUGAUGUGAUGCUUUAUUUUUAAAGCCGGUUCUCAAAGAGGUUCAUUUCUUUAUACCAUAGACAUGAACAAAAACAGCAAUAUUUCUAAAGCACUUACUAACUUAUACAUUCCACUGUUUAGUAUUCCUCAUUAUUUCGUGUUAUAACUGUUCUCAGGGUGAGCGUUGAUGGUAUAAUGAACUUUCCAUUGAAAUCAAACCCGUUUCUUUAUGGAAAUGUGUUGAUGCACUUUGCUUUCUGAUCAUAUGAAAAAACUUCUACUCUGUAAUUUAUAUAUAACUUAUUUCUUUGUUUUUAGCUACAAUAAAGAUCUAAUUCAAUUG